GCAGCAGUAGGCGCAUGAGUGUUAACAACUGAUUUGUGUUUUGAUGGAGAUCUCGGAAACUGGAAUCGUUCCGCCGUUUUAUUCGUGUUGUCUAGGGCCGUAUGAAAACCUGGCGCAGCGUUGCCACCAACCAGCAAAAUAUGCAGUCAAGUAUUCGUUUCAUUUCCAGACGAAUAGGCUGCCGUGCUAGCAUCAUGAUAGCGAUGUAGGUAACGUUAGCUGGGGCGCUCGGACAGAAAUAGCCAGCUCUCAAGGAAACGGCAGCCUGCUCCGGUGUGUGGAUCUGCUUUACGUACAGUAAUUAGCCAGUUUGCAGCUUCUCUGGAAUGCAUCUCUCCAAGAAAUGUUCCGCCUUCAAAGUGGUGCUGAGUGCUCUGCUGAUAGUGGCGCUCCUGCAGCUCAUAUACCUGUCUUUCUUAUCAAAGUUUCACGGUAAGCAGCAGCGGUACCGAUACUCUGAGCUCUUUGGAGGCUCUGGGGGAAAGAAAAAUGGACACCCCGAGAAAAACUCGCGGAAGGAGCGUCUGAGAUACUCGCUGUCCACUGGUGGGAUCUUUGACAACAGUGGUCAGUACCGGGUGUACAAGAACUUGAUCAAAAGUGAUUUCACCACGAAUCAGAAACCAGGAUCCGACCGUAGCACCAAUGUCCUGGCUCUAGCCACACACACAACCAUCAACAACCUGCAUCACCUGGAAUCUCUUCUGGAAAGGUGGCAAAACCCUCUCUCUGUGGCCAUAUUCGCACAUGGACAAGAUGUCAAGUUUGCCACAGCUCUGGUCUAUGCACUCAGCUUCUUCUGCCCUCAGAUUCAAGCCCUGGUGGACUUCCACUUGGUCUGCCUCUCAGGGGAGACGGCCAGUUUCCCUGAAAAGGACCAUGAGCAUUUUGCAGGACUUGAAGACUGUGGUUCUGUGUUCUCCAGACUGGAGGCCCACAGAGAUAAAUACAAGAACUAUGCCAUCAGCGGAAACAUCUCCUACCCCAACAACCUUCUUCGUAAUGUUGCCAGAGGUGGCACAGACUCCUCCUACAUUCUGGUCAUUGACAUCGACAUGAUGCCAAGCGCCGACCUGCAUCAGCAGUUCCUGGCCAUGAUCGUGAAGCGUGAGCCUGCCAGUGAUGAAGUAUUUGUCUUACCUGCCUUCGAGAUCCGCCAUGACAGGAAGAUGCCUGCCACCAAGGCAGAGUUGGUUCAGCUCUAUCAGGUAGGUGAGGUCCGGCCGUUUUAUGAAGAGCUGUGUCCUCGCUGUCAAGCCCCAACCAACUACUCACAGUGGGUUAACAGCCACGUCAGGGAGACAGGCACACUGGAGGUUGCCUAUACGCUCACCUGGGUGGACCCCUGGGAGCCUUUCUACAUCGGGCCCCACACUGUACCCCUCUAUGAUGAGAACUUCAAGCAAUAUGGCUUCAAUCGCAUCAGCCAGACCUGCGAACUCCACGUAGCCGGAUACAGGUUCUCGGUGCUGAGCUCAGCCUUUGUGGUGCACCGGGGCUUCAAGAUCCAGGGGGAGUUCCACGCCAAGAAAGAUGAAGAGAACAAACGCAACCGACUUCUGUUUCGCAGCUUCAAAGAGGGCCUGAAAACCAAAUAUCCAUCCUCCACCCGACGAUGCUGA